AUGGACGGCAGCGUAGCCACCCUUGCCAGGGUGUCUGCCUGUCUGUCCUCCGUGGUGUCUGUGGACCUGUCAGAGAACCCAGCAGUGACCUCAGUUGUCAGGCAGCCGGACCCUGGGACAACUCUAGUUUGGGCUCCUGUCAGAACAGGUCCAGACCUGUGGCUGUGGCUGUGCUCACAGAAGCUCAACAAACUGGACCGUGAGGGCGCUGCAGCAGACAUGGGGCCAGAGGAGUCUCUUUACCAAACCCCCAACACGACUUUACUCUUCACAUCUCUACCACCGCAAAUCAAGAAGACAUCUCUGGUCCUCCUUGCCCUCUGUCUGCUGGCUUGUUCAGUUUGGGAGAUCCAUGGGCAACGCCAAGAGGUUGACCCUGAUGACGAAGUAGUGGAAGCACAGCCGGAAAAGCACAUGGAGCAACAGCUAAAGGGAACCUGCUGGGUGUGUAAGUGGGCACUGAACAAAGUGAAGAAAUCCAUCCCCACUUCCUCUAGCCCGGAGGAGCUAAAGCGGACACUAUUGUCCGUUUGCGAUAAUGUUGGCUUCCUAAAAUCUUUGUGUAAAGUCCUGGUGAAAAAACACUUGUGGGUGCUGAUUGAGGAGCUUAGCACAAGCGAUGACGUGAGGACCAUCUGCGUUAACAUUAAGGCCUGCAAACCAAAGGAAGUUUUGGACCUGACUACUGACCAAGCAGCCAGUAUCCAGAUUCCAAAGUGA